AUGUCGGAGAAGAACUCGCCGUCGCCAUCGCGCAGUCGCUCCGCGUCGCAAGCGAAAGGGUCCGACCAGGAGAUGACGAGUCCAGCGCAAGGAGACGCUGCUGGGGAGACGCGGGCGUCCGAGGACCAGGAGAUGCCUGGAACUGAUACUGAGGCUGUUGCUGCUGCUGCUGCUGCUGCUACUUCUGAGGCUACUGCUGGGGCUGGUGGGGGUGAUCGCGAGGACGCGACGGUGGAGAAUCCAGGGAAUAAUCUGUACGUGGCCAACUUGGCGACACGAGUGAGCCAGGCUGAUCUGCAGGAGCUGUUUGACAAGUUUGGACGUGUGAGCAAGUGCGAAGUGAUUGUGGACCCCGUGACGCGCGAGUCGAGGGGGUUUGGGUUUGUUACGUUUGAAGACGUGCGGGAUGCUGAGGACGCCGUGAAGGAGCUGAACAACCAAGAGGUGCAGGGUCGCAAGAUUCGAGUUGAGCAUGCGAAACGGAAGCGUGGCCACGAAAAGACUCCAGGACAAUAUCUUGGACCGAGACUUGCUAGCGCAAAGUACGGUGGACGCGAUCGCCACAGUGGGGGCCGUAGUCGAGACCGAGGACGGCGGAGUCGUAGCCGAGACCGAGGCGGAUUCUCGCGGCGCAAUGACGACUGGGACCGCGGACGUGGUGAUGACCGAGGACGUGGUGAUGACCGAGGGCGUGGCCGCUAUGAUAACCGCGAUCGCAGUCGAGGGGACUACGGUCGCGACAUGGGCGACGAUCGACGUCGCCGGUAG